GGGGUGUAGGCAGCGGAGUUUUAUUCUUUCCCUCUUCUCCGGCGGCUCGGCGUUGCCAUGAUGAUGGAGUCCCUGCGAGCCCAGCGGCUGCAGCCGGGCGUCGGGGGCACGCUGCGGUCGCUACGGCCUGGCGUGACCUCCUCCUCCUUCCCCGCUCCUGCCGCCUCAGCGCCGCCGCCGCUCUCCCGCAACUUGGGGCCUCCGCCGCCGCCCCCUCCGCCGCCCCUGCCGCCUCUCCCCCCGCCGCUCCUGCCUGGCGCGGUCGGCGCCUCCGGCUCCCCGGGAGGGUCGACGACGGGGCCGCCCGUCGUGCUGAGGGAGGCCGUCGAGGCGGUUGUCAGGAGCUUCGCCAAGCACACGCAGGGAUACGGCCGCGUCAAUGUUGUAGAAGCUCUUCAGGAGUUUUGGCAGAUGAAGCAAUCACGUGGUGCUGAUCUGAAAAAUGGAGCUCUGGUGGUUUAUGAGAUGGUCCCAUCCAACAGUCCUCCAUAUGUUUGCUAUGUCACUUUGCCUGGAGGGAGCUGUUUUGGCAGUUUUCAGUUCUGCCCCACCAAAGCUGAAGCAAGGAGGAGUGCGGCAAAAAUUGCACUGAUGAAUUCUGUCUUCAACGAACAUCCAUCCCGGAGAAUCACAGAUGAAUUUAUUGAAAAAAGCGUCUUGGAGGCCUUGGCAUCUUUCAACGGUAAUAGAGAAGAGGCAGAUAAUCCGAGCACUGGGAUUGGUGCUUUCCGCUUCAUGUUGGAGUCGAACAAAGGGAAGUCAAUGUUGGAAUUCCAGGAAUUGAUGACAGUCUUCCAGCUGCUGCACUGGAAUGGUAGCCUUAAAGCCAUGCGAGAGAGGCAGUGUUCACGACAGGAGGUGCUGGCUCACUACUCCCACCGUGCCCUGGAUGAUGACAUCAGGAACCAGAUGGCAAUGGACUGGGUCAGUCGGGAGCAAAAUAUCCCAGGGGCCCUUUCCCGGGAGCUGGCCUCAACAGAACGGGAAUUGGAUGAAGCCCGGCUGGCUGGGAAGGAGCUACGAUUCCACAAAGAGAAGAAAGACAUCCUGAUGUUGGCAGCUGGCCAGCUAGGGAAUAUGCACUCUUCCAACUGUUAGGACCACAGGAGAGCCGUUCUGCUUCUCUUCCCUCCUCCUCCUCCUCCUCCUCUUCCUCCAUAGAGCUACCCUGCUGAAGGGAUCUGGCCUAGUUUUGACAAGUUUGAGGAGGCAAAAUAAGCAGAUUGGCUUCAAAAAAAUCAGAUCCCCCCCCCAAACAAAAACAUUUGCAGUUAUGCACAUAGUGUUGAAUUUGGAGGGGGCAGAUAUUCCUGUUGGGUUACAAAGUAUUGAAGCUGGCAAAUUAAUUGCCUUUUUUCUAGUCCGUCAAGAUGCAAGUAUCCAUCAGUUGGUUAACAAAAAGAACAUUUCAAAAUCUGGAAUUUUUUGCCAAAUUUUGUAUGCAUUCCCUCCUUAGUUUCGGCUCUGAUAUGAACCACGUUACGAGUGCACAGAUGCCUUCUUUUCAAGAACUGUGGCUCGUUUGCACAUAUUUUAAACUUUUUUGUAGACGUUUCUGUAUAGAUUUUAUACUUGGGUCUCCUCAGUUCAUGUGUUCUCUCGGCUAGAGAAUUUUUUAUUAGUCUGAGCACCUUUUAAAUGUAGCCCUUUCAGUGUUAAACACUUAGACCUCCAUUCUUUCCAGGUAUUGUACAGCUAUCAGUAUUAAAUGUAAAUGUAGCAUUUCCAGGAGAAUACAAGCUUGUGCCACAGAUAUGAUAGGUAAUGACACAUUUCUUUUACAUGCUAGGUAUUUUUUCAGUGAACCUGGCUUGAUAUCGUCUCCCUUCCCUCACCUGAAAAGCACAGCACUUAAAACAUUCUGUUGCAAUAAUCCUCCGGCUUCUGCUGGAGUUUUGUUUCAGUUGGGUUGCCUCAGUAUUUGUGGCAUCCUUUUUUGACAGGUAUCUAUAAAAUUUCAUACAGGAUGAGGACUUGAGGAUACAGAAGACUACAGUGGGUUUUAGAUGUCGAUACAUAAUGUUUUGGUGUUUCUCUUCUCAUUUGUCCCCUCUGAUCCAUCCAGUUGCUUUUCUUGUGACUUAAGCUCAGCUGGAAUCUCUGUGCCAAAUUAUAAGUCUUGAGGUGCUUAAAGGUGUUGUCCCGGCUUUGGAGAAGAUUAAGUUCCUCUAGUAAUUAAGUUUAAGUGCGGAGCUCCUGACCUCUGGCAUUUAAGCCUCUGUCUGUUUGCUUCUUACUGUAGUAGGUAAGUGGGUAGUCAGCAGGUCUGCUUCUAAGGCACUCAGUAGCUGAUAACUCCUCAAGCGGAGCGUGUGCCUCUCACACCAGCUCGUCUGUCUGCGCCUGGAUUACUUUGAUUGGGUUCCAGAAGAUGCUGUAUACUUGAAGCUGCCAACGGAAAACCUCCUCAGUGCAUGCUGUCGUAUAAGCUGCUUUUUAUUACCGGAAUGGUGCUUGUACUAGAGCCCUGGAUUCAGUUGGUUCCUGAAAAGAUUGUACCAAGACCCCAGCUCUGGCACCCUUUUGCUCACAUGGUUUCCAUUAGCCAGUGUGUACAUAAACCUCCUGUGAACUGAGACGCUUGCAAUCCUCCGUAUGUCAUCUGGCUACAAUACAUUGUGGGUAGGAUAGCCUAAUGUGUCUUGGGGAAUGGCUGUGACAGUCUCGAGUUUGACUGCCAUGUGGUAAUUAGAGCUACUUGUUGGUGAAAUGCAAAACAUUCAAAAGACCGUCUGUAAUUGUGCAGUUGGGCGGAGGGGCAGCUUCUUUGGAAAUUUUCAGAUGUUGCUCAAACAAAACAUUCCUAGGGAUAGAAAUCUUUUAUAUGUGCACUUUUUAAAGAGAGAGACUGAAACUAGGAGCAGGACUCUUAAGUAGAAAUACUGAUGAUGUAUAUAUUUAGAAUGUAGCUUCAGGUGGGUGGGUUGUUUUGCAGGUCAUACGUACUGAUCCCCUGACCUGGACGGCCCCGGCU